UUAUUAUUGGUGGUGUUAAAAGGGUUUGUUGCACAUCAUGUGAAGCACGUUGAGUUCCAUUGCUCUUUUAUUAAAUGUGCUAUAUACACAUAUAAUUGAUUGAAUAACAAGGGAAAAUGUGGCUACUCUAUUAUCACUAUCAGGGACCUGCAUUUGGAUGCAUUCAUUCAUUUAUUGUCCAUUCACAGCAGAGGUCUCAAACUCGCGGCACUCAGACCACAAGUGGCCCCCCGAGAACUGGUCCACGGCCUCCUUCCCCUGUGGCUAACUUAUAGACAGAAUAUAAUACUAAAUAUGAUUGUUAGCUGUUGUCAUGAACAGUGAGCAAUAUUUUUUAAUAAAAAUAAGUAGAUUUAUAUGUUCAAAUGUUAUAUCAUUUAUGAUUUAAAUUUUGAUUAUUAUUGUUGUGAACUGCGUAUCGUUCCAUAUCAUAACAAGUGCCUUUACUUUGAAAUUCUGUGAAACGUCAUCAUAAAUAUCAUUAUUGCGUUAUUGUGAUAUGAUUUUGACUGGACACUCAUUAUAUACAUGUUGUUUGAGUUUGAGACCCCUGAUUUACAGUUCUGUGCUGUUCUGUUCUCUGGUCAUAAACAUGAUUUAGGAAUGAAUUAACUUUUAUUCAAACAAAUAGAAAAAGCAUUACAUCAACAUACGAGCAUUAAGCUAACACUAUGCUUUCUUUCUUUCUUUCUGUUUUUUUUAACACACAUCCUUUUAGUAUGUUGUUUUUAAUUAUUUAUAUUCACACCGUAGACUGUAUUACAGUGAUAUUCGGUUUUAGUAAUUGUUUAUUUAAUAACAGGCAACAGGGUUAAGCAGUGUUCCAUCAUUAGGUUGUUCCUAAUGUGCACUUCUCCAGGCCGCCGGAGGUGGGCGCUGCUGUGCGCAGGUCGACAAGAGACUUUUUCAAUCAGCCUCAGCUGAGGAGAGAGAGAGGAAAAAAGUCCGCGCUACACUUGGAAAACUCUGACACAAGAAGACAUUGGCGAACACUUGCAAAUAAAGGAGAGCACUGACUGCCGGGGUUUCUCCUGUCACGGCAAACGGGAACCGUAUGGUUGGAAAGCAAGAAGAAGACGAGGAAGACGAGUGCGGAAGGUCUGGCUGGGUUCAGUGACAGGAUGCUUUUUGAUGUUGCGGGUUUGGAUGGUCCAGGAGAGGGCAGAGAGCACUUGGAGUCAUACCUGUGAGGCCGUCUGCAAAGGAAAAAAUGUGCUGACCACAGCUGCAAGCAAGCAGCACAGGACAGAGGAAGACAGACGAGGAGGAUGCUCCAGGCACAAUAAAGAAGAAGCUGCCUUUGCAUAGAUCAUAUCAGGCUGUCAGUGUGGAGUAGAGUUGGAGGCUGCGGGGCGGCUGUGAGCUGUGUGAAGUUCCUGAGAGUGCAGAGAGGCAGUCACUCACAGAGAGACACUUGUACGGGCAGGAGAGCACUGGCACUCUGGCACACGGACGGAUAUAAAGACGCACACUCUCGCACCUUUGCCACUCUUGCACGACCGUGUUCGUUGUGGCUGCACCUCAGGGAUUUGACAGAGGCGGGUCGGUGCUGGUGUGAUGGUGGCGCUGUGGUCGCCUCAGGAGUGGGCCUGGCAGGCGGUUCUCCUGGUGACCAUACUGGCAUCGCUGGGUCUUGGGUCUGAUGCCAACAUGUUGGACACCAUGUUGCUAAAGAAUGGACGGAAGCGGGGGUCAGAGCGAAAGGCGGAGGAGAGCAGCAGCAGCAGCAGCAGCAGCAGCAGCAGCACAGCCACAGUUUCAGUUCAGAACAUGCUUUUGUGCCACUGCAACCACCACUGCCCCGAAAACUCCUUCAACAACACUUGCAUAACUAACGGUUACUGCUUCACCAUGGUGGAGGAGGAGGACGGCGGCGUGGCCGUUCUCACUGCAGGAUGUUUAGGAUUGGCUGGUUCGGAGUUCCAGUGUCGAGACACGGGGAAGUCGCGCUCCAGGAGAGCUCUGGAGUGCUGCACCGACCAGGACUACUGCAACCGAGAUUUGCAUCCCACUCUUCCUCCGCUCAUGACGUCAGAUUAUGUGGACAGCAGCAUCCAGUACAUGGCUCUCUUCAUCUCAAUCACAGUCUGCACCAUCAUCCUUGGCCUCAUCCUUGUCUUUUUCUACUUCAGGUAUAAGCGGCAGGAGUCACAGCCGCGCUACAGCAUCGAUCUGGAGCAGGACGAGACCUACAUCCCGCCUGGAGAGUCACUGAAGGACCUGAUCGAGCACUCCCGGAGCACAGGGUCUGGCUCAGGCUCAGGUCUCCCUCUACUGGUGCAGCGAACCAUUGCCAAGCAAAUUCAGAUGGUGAAGCAGAUUGGAAAAGGGCGAUACGGAGAGGUCUGGAUGGGCAAAUGGAGAGGAGAGAGAGUGGCAGUCAAAGUCUUCUUCACCACAGAGGAAGAGAGCUGGUUCAGAGAGACGGAAAUUUAUCAGACCUUCCUGAUGAGACACGACAACAUACUCGGAUUCAUAGCGGCCGACAUUAAAGGAACAGGCUCAUGGACUCAGCUGUACCUGAUCACAGACUACCACGAGAAUGGAUCCCUGUACGACUACCUCAAGUCCAACACCUUAGACGUCAACGCUCUGCUGAAACUGGCCUACUCCUCCAUCUCAGGCCUCUGUCACCUGCACACCGAGAUCUACGGCACACAGGGCAAAGCGGCCAUAGCGCACAGAGACCUGAAGAGUAAAAACAUCCUGGUUAAAAAGAACGGCUCCUGCUGUAUAGCAGAUCUGGGCCUGGCUGUCAAGUUUAACAGUGACACAAACGAAGUGGACAUCCCUCCAAACCUGCGCGUCGGGACUAAGCGCUACAUGCCGCCUGAAGUGCUGGACGAGACCCUGAACAGGACCUAUUUCCAGUCUUUCAUCAUGGCCGACAUGUACAGUUUCGGUCUCAUUGUUUGGGAGAUGGUGCGACGCUGCAUCUCUGGAGGUCAGCCUUAUUUUCUUUUAAAACAUCGUCUGGGUGUUUUUUUCUUAAUGAUCCCACUGAUACCCACGCAUGUGCUCUUUCUUCCUGCAGGCAUUGUGGAGGAGUAUCAGCUGCCCUAUCACGACCUCGUGCCCACUGAUCCUUCCUAUGAGGACAUGAGGGAAGUUGUGUGCAUUAAGAAGCAGAGACCUUCGUUUGCUAAUCGCUGGAGCAGUGAUGAGUGUCUACGACAGAUGGGGAAACUGAUGUCCGAGUGCUGGGCUCACAACCCGGCCUCGCGCCUCACAGCCCUGAGGGUGAAGAAGACCCUGGCGAAGAUGUUGGAGUGCCAAGACAUCAAAAUGUGACAGGGGAUCGAGAAAGACGCUCUCAUCAUUCAGAGACUGGUCACUGCCACUGGCAGGGCUCCGCUUACACUGGCUGAUAGAAGACAGGGAGAGGAGAGAAGAAAAAAAAAAGAAAAAAAAGGAGACUUGUCAAUGUUGGGACAAAGGAAAGUGACAGGGAACAAGAGUGAUGGACGUGUUUGGUCGAUGGGGAGACAGAAAAAUGAGAGGCAAAAGAUUUAUUGUGUCUGGAGAGAUGUGACCUCCCGUGUCACCUGCGCCUCAGACAAAGUGUUCACGUUGUGCUUUCUGUGAAAGCUUAAGCGGUUGUUGGGUCCCGACUGUCCAGGUGGGCAUGUGGACAGGGACCCGUGCAGGAGACUGCAGGUACUGAAAUCCCUCUGACCUGUUCCACGCAGAGGGAGCUCCUGCUCUGCCCGACUAAAGCCAUACAUACACACACAUACUGUAUAUAUACACAUCAGUAUCGCAGUAUUUCAUGUGCAGUCUUUUGUACCGUCACAGCUGCCUUCAUGUUUGUUUUUUUAAGUUUUGACUCAGUCACUACUCGCUAUAAUGUCAUAGCAGACUGUAGACUGUCUUUUAGUUCACUAUCAAUUUCCCAAAGUGAAGACUAUUUCAUGCCCAGUGACCGCUCAAAAUUAUUAUUAUUAUUAUUAUUAUUGUUAUUACUGAUAAUUACUUUUUUAAUGUUGAAAGAAGAUCUCUGGGUUAAAGUGUUUAUAUCACUGAGUUUGUGAACUUUCUCCUUCAUAUUCCUCUUUGGUGUCUUUAAUUUCCACUCACAGUUCAUUUGUAAAUAGCUGAGCUGAAAUCUAUUGAUAAUUAUUGACUUGCUGGAUGUUAAAAUUGUGUUUUUUUUUUUUUUUUUGACAAUGUCUGUAUGCAGAAUUAUGUCCCGUCCACUCUACCACUGCGGCAUGUGCCUUAUUUAAUCUGUACAUAAUGUGAUCAUGAGAGUGUACGAGUGGAUUUGGAUUACAUUCCCUAAUUAAACAAACUGUGUCCUAAAGCCUUGUCGCUUCGUGCUCA